CGCGUAGAAAGAUCUCACGGCCGGCGGGAUUAUCAGAAUUAUCACCUAGCCACCGUCGAAGAGCCCCGCUGCCAACGUCCCAGGCUGACGGCCGUUCAUCUUAAUGGUCGACUUAUCGCCAUCGAGUUACGUCUCGGACUACGAGUUGAAUACUAGCACGGAGCCGAAUUUCAGACUGCCGGUUGAGUCGUCAAAGGCGCGGCUACGCUGCGCAGCGGGACGGUGUAGACUACCGGUUCCCUGCAGGCUGCCAAAACCUUCGAGGAGAACGGCGGCUUCGGGAUUUCGUUGGGAUCAUCGGCGUUCAGCGCGCGGGGGUUCUGAACGCAUACUCGAUGGCGAACAGACCCGCGUGGAUGCUGUCACGGAAUUGAGCUUGAUUCGCUCGACAUCAAACACCUAUUCGUUACCAAGUACGGAUGCUAUCGAAGAUGAAUCAAUUGGACCAUCGAAUUCCACCGAUAUAGAAUCGGAAUCUGAAUGGGAUAUGACCAGUAUCAAUCAUAGUGCUCAAGAUACAGCUUGCAGUCCAAGCGCAGACGAGGACCUAGCACAUACAAGACCUAAGUCCCUGGUUCACCCUCGGAUAGAUAUGAGGCACGAUGUUUGCCGCUUGUACCACACCGUUUUUACCACCAGACGGGGAGUAGGGCAAACCACCCAUGUGAUUACAGUCGACAAGCUUCGAUCAGAGGCACAAGCAGGUCGUCAGUGUUGCAGUCUGAUCCUAGAUGCCAUAUCAACCUGGCUCCGGUACUCGGGGUUUUCUAUGGCAUCUGGAGAUUGGACUUUGUCGAACACAGCUGAAGUUCGUAUAUCGAAUUAUUAUUCACGACAGAUUGGAGGAAAACGGAUUCAGAAACGUCUCUUGAGUCCCAAGAUAACAUUUCUGAACUGGAAUUCUCCUGGCACAGCGGCCCAGGAUCACACAUGUCUCUUCAUUUUCCAGCCACACGGAGCAAUCCCUCUGGCUUCGGAUAUCUCAUCACGCUAUCCUUUUCCGUAUCGAUAUUUGCCAUCAGGGGACACUUCGUCUCAACAAGCCUUUUCGUGUCUCAAAAGAUGGAUUGACACAUGCACGCAAUCUCACGAACGCUGCAAUCGGAUCCCUGCCCAGAAGUAUGUACCCAAGCGGCUACUCGAGAUCAAGACUGGCAAAGUCUAUUUACGAGAGCAGUUGGCACCUGGAACACAGUACGCGUGUUUGAGUCAUUGUUGGGGCCCACAUGGGGUCUCAUCAAAGCUGACAAGGGAUUCGUUGCCUGCUUAUCAGCAGGGGCUUGAGUAUUCCCAGCUGCCAAAGACUUUCCGCGACGCGGUACAGGUGUGCUUACGACUAGAUAUCUCUCAUCUCUGGAUCGAUGCUCUAUGUAUCUUGCAAGACAGCAGUGAAGACUGGGCCGAAGCUGCGGCUACUAUGGGCAAUAUCUACGAGAAUGCGUUCAUCACCAUUGCUGCAACAGCAUCCUUAGACAGCAACGAUGGCCUAUUCUCUGAUCCCAACAGUCCUUUUCGGUCAAGAAAAUUGGAGCAUUCGACACUACAUGUAGCUCAGUACAGACAACAAGACCGUUACACUCAGAACGGUGUGAUUCGUAACAACUUUGGGAAUUGGCCACUUUUAGAUCGCGCCUGGGUCUAUCAAGAACGGAGUCUAUCGACCAGAUUUGUCCACUUCACUACUACCCAGCUGAUGUGGGAAUGCCAUUCAAUGUUCAAGUCCGAGUCUGGAGAUGUAGACAAAGAUUGGACACAGGACUGCCGCGAUUGGAGCCACGAUUGGACCACACCAUCUCAGGCGCCUUUCAAGUUUCAUAUCAAAGACAGCGUGGAUGAAUGGCAAACCAUUGUCGAAGACUACACUCUCCUUCAGUUGACAUUCUUCGACGACCGCCUGCCUGCACUUGCUGCUGUCGUGGAACGCAUCAUGCGCGUGCGCCCAGACGACGUCUACAUCGCGGGACUGUGGAGGAGUUCCUUACUGAAGGACAUGAUGUGGUCAGUCUUGAACUUUAGAGAUGUCCCGAGACCACUCUCCAAAGCACCAACAUGGUCAUGGGCGUCGGUGGAAGGAAAUAUCCGCUACGACACCAAGACGAUGGUUUUCUUGACACGCAUAGUCGACAUAAUUUACAAAACACUGGGGCCCUCACAAAUUGGAAGUGCUUCCAAAGCCGCAAUACUGCUCGAAAGCCGGUUCUCUACCCAUACUAUUAAUUCAUAUUUGCCCCCGGAUAGCAGAUUAGAGCACUAUCUGGAACCCAAAGAACCCUGCUCUAAGGCAACUAUACCGAGCAUCGAAUGGGGCGUAGACGGAAGUAUGAUAGCAGACUAUGAUUUUGCCACUGGGACACGGCCAGUCAAAGACGGUGAUACGGUUUAUGUCGCUUGGAUGGGCUGGGAAAGAUUCCAGGGAGAUUACAUCGGGGAAGAUAAAUUCGAAUUGCGAGGCCUUGUGCUACGUUCAGUUUCGCAGAAUGAAUACGAACGCAUAGGACUGUGUUACAGGAACAUGUACGAAAUGCAGUGGCCGGUCUUUCGACGACUUAAGGGCCGAGAUAACUUUGAGUGGAGAUGUGUAAGACAUCUCAUUGCUUCUUUGCCUGUACGCACAUUCAAGAUAGUAUAGGUGAUUAUACGCAUAAGAUAUUACACGGCAUCGAUCCUCAGCGUGCGAGCCACUUAAUCGCGUCUGGUCAAAUUAGACAAACAUUGAGGAAUGUUGCUCUCUUGAGUUAUGGCAUUCCUGUCCGUGUCUAGGAAGUAACACAGGAAAAGGAUGAUCGAUCAGCCGUUUUGCCC